CACAUUUAAACAGACACACUCCAAUAUUGUGUGGAAAGCCUUCUUAGAAGUAUGGAGGCUGUUACUGCCCCAAAAGAGGGCCCAAUUCUAUUUUGAUGGCCAUGGUUUUGGAAGGGGACGCUCAACAACCAACCCGGUCUCACUCCCUAUGCGUAUGAAAUCGUACGCAAAACUAAACACUGGGAUGCGUACUCAUGCGUACGCAGAGAGCUGCGUACAAAUGUUACGCCGCUAUCAAAUACAUGUAAAUACUCGCCGAUUCCCGACAAAUCGAUCCCUAGGCUAUAUUUAGGUGUCCAAACUGAUCGUAGUAUCUACUCUGUACAGUAUAUUAACGCAAACGCUAAAAAAAGAUGAGACAUUUGACGUUUUACGAGUUGAGAGAGAGAGAGACAUAGAGAGAGAUGCACUUACUGAGCGAAUGCCUAGAAUACAGUGGGAUUCGGUCAGAAUUCUUCACUAAAAAGACCAACAUAAUCGCUUUAUUAAAACCCUUCCUGAGCAAUGAUGUCUGAGGUAAAUAUAAGCGUGCUAUACACUGGAGCACAGUAUGUUCAGGCCUGCCACAGAGUAAGGGACGGAGAUACACACCAAUGAGCACACACGUUAUUAUUAAUUAAUAAUAAUAAUAGUAUUAAUAUUAGUAAUUAAUAUAUUAUUCAUAAUUCUGUUAUUAAUUAAUAAACUAUGAGAGUUUAAUAGUUUCAUAGUUUAGGGUUUGUUCGGUUUGUUUUUGGCUACUUUUUUCUGAUGUGUGGAGACAAACGUAAUUUUCACCUAAACGUAUUCCUUCUUUUAUUCUCUGUUUCUGGUUCUUCUCAGGUUCUGAUAUGCCUAAAUGAACUGAUUAGUAUCCAAGCUCAAAUAAUGAUGGAUUUUACAUCUUCAGAAGUGAUGUGCGAGGUUGCCAAUUUAACAAAGGAAUUUACUUUUAGUCAUUCUUGUUCGUUUUAGUUAACCUCACUUGUAACAGGAAUUCAUUCAUAAUAGACCACGUAUGGAAACAUCCCAAUAUAUGUAUGUAUUUAGUUAACAAGAAUGUGCUCAGACAAAGACUCUUACUGUGAAGUUCUGGUUGCAUUGGUAAGGUUGCUAUCCAAUUUGAGCGCGAUUGCGACCAUCGAUAUCAAGGUUUUGAAGCAAAGAUCGUUUAAGGGAGGGUCUAAGUUAGGGCACUACAUUUCAUACAGCCUCAUUUAUGAAAGCUAAUGCAUUGAAGUGAAAGUGAGCGCCCCCCAUCUUUCGGACUGUGUGCACUUCCGCCCGAUCCUCUGGCCCCGGAACCACAGCUCGCUUUUCCCUCCACACGGUGAGUGUGUAAGCAGUCCGGUGCUUAACUUGACUUCGUUUUAAUAACAGACACAUGCAAUUCUGAAUACAUUAACAGUUUUUUUUCAUUAAUAUAAACUUAAAUAAAAUGCAAUAUUAAGUAGGAGCUCGGUUUAACAUCCCAAGAGUAUAAGACAAAUGUGCACAGUCUGGUCAUGCUGCUAGCUAAACUAGUAAACUAGCUUAGAUUAGCUAGCAUGCCUUUAAUAAACUUGAGAUUUUAAUCACUCUUCCUUUUGUAAGUAUCGCAAUUUCUAUAAAGUUAUGUUGCCCUGUGCACCAUGUAGUAGUUUACUUUUGACAUGCUAAGAAUGCGUGUCGGUGUUUAACAGGUGAAAAUGUUCUUUGCUAGCUAGCAUUAGAGCUGGCCUAAUUAGAGCAUGUGCCUAAUAUGUAUACCUAAAUAAUCCACAGGUCUACACUAACAUUACUCAAACUGUAUGUCCAUUAAUGAAUGAUAUAGAAAUGACAUUACAGCUAGAGCUGGUUGAUAUGUGAAUUGUGAAAACAUGAGUAAGAAGUUUUCAUGAUACGUGGUAGUAUUUAAUAAAUGAGUUAAAAUAUUUUCAGAGUAUAAACGCACAAUGAUAUUUUUUUAAACAUUUCACACACUGUGCUCUACCAAAUCUAGUUGGAGAGGCCUAAUUACUUUUAUUACUGACAGUAUCUGCAAUAUGCUCCGAAAAAUUAUAUGGUAACAUUAAAUGUUUUGACAUCUAUUUUUUUCUUUUCACAGACCUUUCAGAUCCCUCCUCACAUCCAUCUAUCUCUCUAUCCUUUAUAGCGACCCAACGACACUUUUAAGAGCCACUCGUCUGUCUGUCUAUCCAUACAUCCGUUUAUAAUCUGAUUAUAGAUAAUCAAUUUGUCUAUCUACCUAUCUGUUUGUCUAUCUAUAUAUCUAUCUGUCUAUCUCUCUAUCUACUUACCUACCUACCUCUCUGUCGUUCUACCUUUUUGGCUUUCUUUCUGGCUGUUCAUCUGUCUGUCUGGCUGACUGGAUACCAUGCCAGGUUCAACCCAAAAGACCUGCCAGUCAUGCAAGGCACAAAUAAAUGUUGGCUGUAAACACUGCAAGCUGUGUGGGGCUUCUCAGCCCCAGAAAGUGAAAUUGCAGCAGGCCAAAGACAAAGCAUCAAAGGAAUGGGCCCAAAAAAUGUUGAAUGGAAGAAACACCUCAAAGCUGAUAAAUUCCACCAAUCUUCUACUCCACAAGUUUCACAUGUUGGGUUAUUACCCCCUUCUUCUUCUUGGGAGGAGGAAGACGAGGCAGGCCACAAAUUUUAGGGCAGAUGUUUUUUAUCCUCAGCAGUUUUCUUCAGAAAUGGAGAGGACAUCAAUUUCUACAAUUCGUUUGCUGUAUGAAGGUCUUCUAAAAGUGGCUCUUAAUCCAGAAGCCAACCCCAACUCUUCAAAUGCUCCUGAGACCAACACCAGCUCUGCCCAUACUCCUGAGACCAACACCAGCUUUUCACAUGCUCCUGAGACCAACUUCAGCUGUUCAGAUGGUCCUACAGAGAACCCCAGCUCUUCAGUUGCUCCCCUUCAUACUGAACCUACAUACACCUUAAUUCUUACUCCUGUUACAUCUGAAAAGGAAAAUUCCACAGUGGUUCUUAAUCUGGAAGUCAACCCCGGCUCUUCAGAUGAUCCUGAGACCAGCCCCAUCUGUUCAGAUGCUCCUGAGACCAGCCCCUUCUCUUCAGAUGGUCCUGAGGCUAGCCCCAGCUUUUCAGCUCCUCCUGAGCCCCGCAGCAGCUCUUUAGAUGAACUCAAUCCAAUUCUCUCCCCUGUUACAUCUGGAAAUGGGAAUUCCACAGACAAGUACCCCUGCAAGAAAAGAACACAAGAAGUAACACCAAAUGUGUCCAGCUCGACAUUUAAUCGUACUUUUCCCUGCAAGAAAAGAAGAAUAAAGAUCAACCCAAGUGAAUGCCCUGUCCACACUAUGGCUGACACCUACCCAGUCCAAAAAAUUUUAUCACAGAGGGUAUCAAAAGAGGGCACAAAAGAGGUCAAAGUCCGUUGGCAGCAGUGUUCUGGGUGUGGCAUCAAGUGGAAAGACACAUGGGAGCCUUUCAACGAGAUAUUCCCGUAGUAAUGAUUUGAAAUAAUACUCUAAAUUAUUCAUUUUGGAAUUUUGAUGUUUAGCAUAACUAUUUCUAGGUGAUGUGUUAUUUAUUCAUCAUUACCCUUGUCAUUCAUAAGGUUAUUAUUGUUCAAUAAAGAUAUUGUGCAACAUCUUA